AAUAAAGGGCUAGCUACAGUUGAAAAUCCUCUGACACAUCCUCUUUUUUCCUAUACUAGCUUAUCAUCUAAAAAGCUAUGCUCAAAAUUACAACCACCACUAUCUACACUACAAAUGCCAUUAGUUUUACCAUCUUUGCUAUUACUACAAGCACUACCACUGUCACCGGAUGUACAACCAUUACAACAAUCACCACAAGUACAACUUAUACAAUUACAACAAUCGCCACCUCAAUUACUACAAGCACAACUUAUGCAACUACUGCCGCCACAAGUACUACAAUCACAACAAUCGCUACAAGCACAACUUAUGCAACCACAACAAUCACUACUACUAUCGCAAUCUUAUGUUAUUCAAUCUAACCCAUAUAUCUAUUCUACUUUACCUACUAUAGCAGAAUUUCUAAAAGAAGUAGACGAAAGAGAAGAAACUGGCGAUCAUUAUAAAAGUUUUUUAGAAAAAUUUAAUGCACAACGAAUUUUA